GUAGAUAUGAGGGAUAUGUAAUUGUGACUGUCGAUCAUGGUUUCUUUCAAUAUCACCAUGAAAAGGGCAAAGGCAACUCGGUAAGAGAUAGCAGAAAGCAAUCCAUUUUAAUCUACAAUUAUUUCUAUUAGUGUUCAAAUUGUUUUCUGCUGUUGAGCAACAAGCAAAAAUGGCAAUGCAAAAACUGAAGCAGUGUUUCUAGGGAAUGUAAUUAUGUCAGGCAGGUUACGGUUAAGACAUCUGAUUAAUAUUUGAUCACUUAGAUACUAUGUUUGAAAAUAUGGUUUCAAGGAGCAAAGAGAGGGUGACGACAUAGAGGUUAUUCAGUGUGACAAGGUUGGUUUCAUUUGCUGUUAUCUUAUUGCAUGCAUUUGCAAAAAAAGCAGGGGUCAAAUCGAAUAUUGCACAGCACCAAAGAUGCAAUUUUCAUCUGGUAUGUUGCUUUUGCUCGUCACAUUGGUAUGUUUUUCUUGGAAAUGGUUCAUUGCUGCCGAAAUAUUCACUACCGGGACACAUUUUAGAGAAAUUACCACAGAAAGCAGCAGAUCAAGCACUUCAGCUAGGAAAGAUGAAGAUUUUACACUACAAGAAGAGAUGUUGCGAUGCAGCAGAGAUAAUGAAUGCAAAAUACUCGGCAGUAGGACAGGCACUGAAAAAUUAUCUGCAAUCGGCAAAGGAGGCAAUUUAUCAGAGUACGAUGAAGUUUUCGAAAAGAAAGAAACAGGUUUUAAAAGCUGCAACGAACUGAAGAAAUGGGGAAUCAACUCGAGUAUGAAGGUGGAUUUGUCGCUAAAGAAUGGAUCUUCCUUCUUGGGUUACUGUAACAUGAUCAGCGACAACGGAGGUUGGCUGGUGUUCCAGAGACGAGUGGAUGCAACUGAUUUUUAUCGAAAUUGGACGGAUUACGUUAACGGUUUUGGGGAUGUUGAUGGGAGCUUUUGGAUUGGCUUGAAAUAUCUACACUGGAUGACUCAGAGUGCAGAUAACAUGAUUCUCCGCGUCGAAGUGAGAAAUAUUAACGGAAUCAGUGGAUUUGCAAAGUAUUCUGAUUUCAAAAUUGGCAGCGAGGAUGAGAAAUACAAGAUAACAUUCGGUGCAUAUGAAGGUAACAUUGGUGAUUCUUUGAGAAGAAGCUAUGGGGCAGCAUUCUCCACGCCAGAUCGAGAUAAUGAUGCUUGGAGUGAUAGACAGUGCUGUGUGGAAUAUCGCGGCCCUUGGUGGUCAAACGCAUGCUUUAAUGCGAACCUAAAUAAUGAUCAUCAAGACAAAGUCCCUUAUGUGAGUACCCCUGAGGCCGAGGGUGCGUCACGAAUGUCAUGGCUAUCGAUGGAUGGCAAGUUUGGUACAAUCAGGUUCUCAGAAAUGAUGAUCAGACCAUAUCCUUGAUCAACCUGAAACUCGAGAUUAAUAAAUUAGCUUACAUUAAGCCCUCCUCUAGACAUUGCAUGCUUACAAAAACAAUCAAGACUUAACAUGAUUCAUCCUUUCCCGGUACAUAGUGGUAAAGUAUGCCUUAUAGCAAAAGCUGAGUGAUGUCGUUAUUAGAAAGUGCUGAUCAAGUUUGACCACUGUUUCUUUCUUUAUAUUGCUCUGACUUUAGCAGAAAAAUAGUAUACCGUUUUAAAGCUAUGUACUUGUUUGUUAGUGUAUGUAUUGUGAAUGCUCCUGCAUGGCUAUAAAACUGGCAUUUUGAUUUCAUAACUAUCUAAAUGUCAAAAUUCCUAUCCUCAAUGCAUGAAAGUGAUGUGCCUCCGUGCGAUUGUUAGGUUUCCUGAUUAUCAAAAUGCUAUCAAACUUAACCAUUUAGCCUUAAGUUUCCAUAAUAUUAAUACCUCAAUUGCAUUGCUACAAGCGUAUUUCUUUAUUCUUAUGGUGACAGGUCUUUGGAUCGUUCUAGAGUAGUUUGGAACGUGAAUAAGCAUUGUCAGAAUUUCGGAACUGUAUAAU